AUGCACCGCGGACAGCGCAAAUUGGCUGGCUCAGUAAUCCAAAUCUCUCGUAUGACAGAUGUCAGAUAUGUGAAGCGACAACGAUCGACUUACUCGAAACAAAAGAUGGAUCGAUUGGACGCAUACUGUCUGCCCAUGGGCGAGCGACAUCUACAUGCCGUAUUUGCUGAAGGCAUUAUGGCCGGUCGACCACAGCGCAACUCCUUGCCUGUUAUCACACCUGAAAUACCCAAAAAUUCAACCAAUAGUGUGGGGAAUGCAGCUUCGAUGAACAAUGUCCGGUUCUCGCACUACUGGCAGCAGGAACCAUGGCACCAGGAAAAUAGAAUUGAGAACAGCGCGCGCAAUAAUUCGAUCCGAAAGAGCUCCAUAGAGUCUCGGCCGACUGAUAAAGCUCAAGCGAUCGUUUGGGUUGAGUGGACAUAA